GCUUGAGCGCAGUGUCCCUCAGUCACACAGCAACAUUCACUCAUUGUUCUCUUCAAAGAGUUGCUCUAGGAAAGGGCCUGGAUAUGGCUACGUCUAUACUUGGGUAAAAAGCACAAACUUUCCCUCCACACACAGGAAGAGCCGCGGUUUGGAACUACCCCUUUAGCUAUGCUGGCUGCAACCUGCAACAAGAUCGGCAACACCAGCCCCCUCACGACUUUACCCGACUCCAGCGCGUUUUCCAAAGGCGGAUUUCAUCCUUGGAAAAGAUCUUCGUCGAGCUGCAACUUGGGAUCCAGCCUGCCAGGAUUCACGGUCGCGACGAGCCGAAACACCUCCGGAUUAACGACCACCACCGGCACAGGCAACAGCGCUUUCUGUCUGGCCUCCACCUCACCAACGUCCUCUGCGUUCUCCAGCGAAUACAGCAGCUUAUUCUCCAACACGGCAAGCGUUUCCUCGCAGGAGCCCGGACAGUCUGCGUUCAUUUCCAAAGUUCACACGUCGGCAGCAGAGACACUAUACCCGCGGGUCGGCAUGGCGCACCCGUACGAAUCGUGGUACAAGUCCGGCUUUCACUCCACCAUCUCGGGUGAGGUGACCAACGGCGCGUCAGCAUGGUGGGACGUUCACACGAAUCCGGGCUCGUGGCUCGAGGUUCAAAAUCCGGCAGGUACUUUGCAAACUUCACUGCACUCCGGAACCCCACAAGCCAUCCACUCCCAGCUCAGCGGCUACAACCCGGACUUCUCGAGCCUCACGCACUCCGCGUUCAGCUCCACUGGCAUCAGUCCCACGGCGUCCCACCUCCUGUCAACGAGCCAGCACCUGUUGACACAGGAAGGCUUCAAAACUGUCAUCCCCACUUAUACGGACGCAUCGGCCACAAACGCUAUGAUAUCGGGUGCCAGCUCGGGCAUAGGAACCUCGUCCAGGUCGUCCAGGAGAUAUUCGGGACGGGCCACGUGCGACUGCCCGAACUGUCAGGAGGCAGAGCGCCUCGGCCCUGCGGGUGCCAGCUUGCGCAGGAAAGGACUUCAUAGCUGUCACAUCCCGGGCUGCGGUAAAGUCUACGGUAAGACAUCUCAUCUCAAAGCGCAUCUGAGAUGGCACACCGGCGAGAGGCCCUUUGUGUGCAACUGGCUUUUUUGUGGCAAAAGGUUCACCAGGUCAGACGAGCUUCAGAGGCACCUGCGCACUCACACGGGGGAAAAACGGUUCGCCUGCCCGGUAUGCAACAAGCGUUUCAUGAGGAGCGACCACUUGAGCAAACACAUCAAAACACACACCGCCGGAGGUGGAGGCAAAAAGGGCAGCGACAGUGACACCGACACUAGUAACCUGGAGACCCCCAGGUCUGAAUCGCCGGAACUGAUUUUAGACGGCGUAAACCCCCGGGUCACGGUCAAAGAUCAGUCUCCUCACCACGAGUCCUGAACGUGAUUUAUGACCUCAAAUCCAUUUUCCUCAUAGCUGAAUCGAGACAAGGAAACGGGUCUGGAGUAUGUGAAAAACUUUUAGCAUUCUGCAUUUCCUCGCAAAACGAGUCGACGUGUGACUCUUAGGCAUUGGAAACAAAUUAAGCGCAACACUGGUUAUUUCUGCUCUGCACAAACAAACAACUUUCGGGACGAUAAGAGUCUUGUCAAGGCUCAGUGUUGUAAAAGCGGACAUUUGGUUUGGAUCAAUGCGCAAAAAGAUGGAGCUAAAUAAACCGCGGCUACCGCUUGAGCUAUAAUUCUGUACAUAUAUCCGCAAAAAUAUGUUAUUUUUCCCUGUAAAUGUUACUUAUGAUUGUUUUGUGGUGGAUCCUGAAAUUCAGGGAAUUUUCUUUCCUUUCGACGCACUUUGUGGAUGUCAGUAUGUAUGUUACACAGCUAUUUAAAAUUCAUUUAACCUUUCCUUUACAUUGCUAAAAAUAUAUAAAUGUUUAAUUGUAUAAAGUCACGCUUAAGGCUUUCAUUUUGUAAUUAAAGGGAUUUAAAAUCUAAA